AUACAUCUGGCAUCUCUGGUCUGCUGUAUAAAACAAAAGACGCAGUUAGCAUUUCGCGAAAAAAGUUUGUGCUUUGGAAAAAGAUAUUUGCUAAUAGAUACCUGUGAAGGGGAAAAUUAGAGUGAUUUUUGAGUCAGGAAGUGGAAAAGUGAAUAGAAACAUGAAAUUCAUCUACAAGGAAGAGCACCCGUUCGAGAAGCGCAAGCAGGAAGGAGACAAAAUACGUCGCAAAUAUCCCGAUCGUGUUCCGGUAAUUGUCGAGAAAGCACCAAAGGCUCGCAUCGGAGACCUGGAUAAGAAAAAGUAUCUUGUUCCAUCGGAUUUGACGGUCGGCCAGUUCUACUUUCUAAUCCGGAAGCGCAUCCAUCUGCGGCCCGAAGAUGCUUUGUUCUUCUUUGUAAACAAUGUCAUUCCACCGACGUCCGCCACAAUGGGAUCCCUGUAUCAGGAGCACCAUGAAGAGGAUUACUUUUUAUAUGUCGCAUAUUCAGACGAAAAUGUUUACGGAUGUAAUUAAACGUAGUGUAUUGCGUUUUAAAAUUGAAUUAUUCUAGCCUAGUUUAGAACACACAGCGAUAAACAGAUGAUUAUCUUUCGGUGCGCUUUGUGGUGACGGAAAAAUGGCGUGUUACUGGCGGUGUGAUACAUAAAAUCGAAAUGAAGCAUGAGUCAUCCAUCAACGACGUUGUGAAACACUUGAGUAAAUUUUUAAGUUUAUAUAUUGUUUUUCGCACUAUACAAUUUUUUUUUCAAUUAAACCUUUGUCUUAAUACAUGCAUUAGUCAUAAAAUAUAUCACUAUAAAAUAAACAAAGAAAUCUAAUUUCCACGAUUAGAUACACAAACAUAAAACGAGAAAAAAAAAUAAAAACGGGCAUCUGACAGGUCGAGCAUUAAUACCACUGGAAAGGUAAUUCUUGCUUUAGUACUCCAUUGGGAAAUUCAGCAUUUCGAUGAUAGAUUUGUUUUUCGGCUAUCAACUCUGGAGGUAAUUCAUCGCCACGGUACAGCUCUAAAACCUUGCAGUGUGACAGUGUUUUACGUAGCUCGAUUACCCCUUGUGGACUUAUCCGAUAACAGUCGUACAGAACAAGCUGCUUCAAACCAGGUAGACGUAAAGCUAGGGCAUUUAAAGUACAGUCUUCAAUCUGAAAGUAAAGCAAAUUAGUUUUUCUUGUAGGAUGAAAAAUACAAUUGUGAACUUACAAAAUCGUUGAAAUAAAAAAUUAUGUUCUGCAAUCGUGGACACCCAAA